AUGUCCAAACCUCUGGGGAAGGUGAGACGGCGGGUUCAAAACCUUCGGAUCCCCUCAUCCUCGUAUUGUGACUAUGCAGCCAGCGGAUCCAAGUUAGACCUGAGCCACAACGAGAGCGCUCGAUUUGCAGCAGACUCUCUGCUUUGUCAGGGCUUGGAGGGGUACCACAACAUGUUGAAGGCAGAGGGAGAGGUGGAUUUUCUAUCAGAGCUGGAGAAGGAUUACGUCCUACAGAAUGGAAGCAAUGCCAACACAGAUGAAGCAGGUGAAAAAGAUAAGAUGGACAUAGAGUUUGAUUGCCGGUCCCCAUUUUCUUCAGUAUUAACAAACAGUGUGGAGUAUUUGGACGAGAAGAGCCAUGAAGAUGUGAAAUCAGCUGCUCCUCUCUCAGAUGAUCCCAGUGCUGAGGUUUUUUUCCAAUCUGACAGCAGUGCAGCUGCCAUGAAAGAUCUGGUCAGACAGUUCCUCAGAAAGGCUAAACUGGCCCUGGCUAUAGUAAUGGACAGCUUCAGUGACCCAGAGCUGCUGUGUGAUCUUCUCGAGGCGAGCAGGAAGAGAAAUAUUUCUGUUCAUCUUCUGCUGGAUCAUCUUAACCUGAAGGUGUUUGUUAACGUGUGGCAGGAACUCAAACUCAUCAGCAAGAACUUCCCUAAGGUGUCAGUACGGAGUGUCCCAGGUCAGACCUACUGUGCAAAGACAGGCAGGAAGCUGACAGGUCAGAUUGCAGAGAGUUUUAUCAUCGCUGACUGGGAUGAGGUGCUGACUGGUACAUACAGUUUCACAUGGCUGUCCGGGCAGGUCCAUCAUAAUAUUCUUGUUCUUAUUAAAGGCAGCUCGGUCUCACAUUUCCAACAGGAGUUCGUCAGACUUAACUCCAGCUCCAAGCCAGUCCCUGGCUUUGUCACUUUUAUCACUCUGCCACAGUCCCUUUGUCUUUACUCCACAUCAAAUAAACCUCAAAACACUGUUCGAAAGAAAAGAGACACUGGUUUAAACACAGAGAGAAUAGCUCCACAGCUGCCUUUGAGGCCUUUGGUUCAACCAGGAGCAGAGUACAAGAUGCAAAGUGUAACUGUGGGAAAGCCUCAGCACACAUUGCGAGUAGCCUGUACCCAGCUUGAAGAAAGAGCAAAGGUGGAUCAGAGGGAGAGGAAUCAAAACCAGUUCCGUGGUCACCAAACUCUUCCUGAUCCUAACGUUUUCUCUGACAUUCAGUCUCAGCUUCACAGCACUCCUGUCAUCACCACAGCUGGGAAGAAUGUAGAGGUACAAAAGCCACACACUCUAAAUGCUAUAUCUCCAACACAUGGGCCGCAAAGGAAUGAACAUUAUCAAUCAGCUUUAAAGAAGAAAAACAGUCUCACUCACCUAGAUAGAAGCACGGAGGAAGUUUUCCCUCAGCAAAGGAACAGGAACAUCUUGACAGAACCUUCAGGGUUCACACCAGGAAUAGAAACACAAAGAAACCAAUGGGAUUCCUCACUAAAUGUUUAUCCAAAGGUGGAACCUCUCUGUGAUCAAUCAAAACUCCUCUCACCUCCAACGUCCCAGCAAAUACAAUCCAAGCCCAGCCAUCAGAUCACUUUCAGCAGCCCCAGAGAGCAGAUGUCCAAGCUCCAACCCAACAUCUCCUUUCAAGAAACCAGCAAGCAGGAUGAGUUCAUGAAGCAGUACCAGGGUCCUUUAAACUCACCCUUUUAUGCAGUGCCCUCUUGUGUAAAACCAACCCCUCCAGGAAUAGGAACUUGUCUCAGUCCUCAGCGACAGGCAGACUCCAAACAAUUCCUGUCAGAUGUACAAACCAAGAUGCAUCUCUAUCCUGUCACCUCCCAGUUAAAUCUCACUCAGAGAAGGCACUGGAGCCUACAGAAGGCUACAGGACCCAGAGUGAUAGGUUGCUACAACUCCUUCAGUGGUACACAUGUGAUGGGGCAGGGAGGCUGGCGACCCCUCCAGGACAGCCUGAACACAUCCCCGGGAAGAAGCCUGAGCAUGAUGGAGAGAUGCACCGUAGGCUACAGAGGAGCAGGACUACACCCAAACUGAGUAUAAAUAUAUAUUAGGUUUUAAUGCAAAACCCCAUGCAGCAACAACAAGGCUCCACCGUGCUGAGAGAGAGAUUUAAGAGGUACUCAAGAAGCAGUCUGGAAAAACUCUGUGACUGAGAGAGGGAGUUACUGGGAUGUGAUAGACCAACUAAAAGUAAUAUGUAAAUGUAAAAAUGAAAGCAAAAAAAUGACGUGAUUUUAAAAGUGCAAACAAAAAUCAAAAAACUGAAAAGAGAAGCAUGCAUUUAUACUCUGGCGCUUUUACUCUGAUACCCCUAAAUAAAAUUAUUUGCAACCA